GCGGCCAUGUUGGAGCCGAAAGCACAACAGCCGCGGCGCUUUCACUUGCUCAUACGUCUCCCAUUUAUAAUAUUGAUCGUCCCCCUAAUAUCUAAUCCGAGGGGCACUACCUUCUUUUGUUUCAGCGACGGGCCGAGGUGCAGGUAGCGGAAGCGGUUUGCUGAGAUAGUGUCGUUUAAUUUGCCAUGGCUUCGCGAAAGAAGGUGCUACUGAAGGUGAUCAUCCUGGGCGACUCCGGGGUAGGGAAGACGUCACUGAUGAACCAGUAUGUCAAUAAGAAGUUCAGCAACCAGUACAAAGCAACGAUUGGAGCCGAUUUCCUUACCAAGGAGGUCAUGGUAGAUGACAGGCUGGUUACCAUGCAGAUCUGGGACACGGCCGGCCAGGAGCGUUUCCAGUCUCUGGGCGUGGCUUUCUACCGUGGUGCCGACUGCUGCGUGCUGGUGUAUGAUGUCACGGCCCCGAGCACCUUCAAGACCUUGGAUAGCUGGAGGGAUGAGUUUCUGAUCCAGGCCAGCCCCCGCGACCCAGAGAACUUCCCAUUCGUGGUGCUGGGUAACAAAAUUGACCUGGACAAUAGACAGGUGACGACAAAACGGGCCCAGGCCUGGUGCCAGAGUAAAAGCAACAUCCCGUACUUUGAGACGAGCGCCAAAGAGGCCAUUAAUGUGGACCAGGCAUUCCAGACCAUCGCUCGCAAUGCCCUCAAGCAGGAGACCGAGGUGGAGACGUAUGACUUCCCUGACCAGAUCAAGCUGAGGGACGACAGGCAGGCCGGGUCUGACGACAGCUGCAGCUGCUGAAGGGGGGGGUGGGGGCUAUAGAAAUGUGGGGUGCUGACCAUCCCACCCCCUCACACUGACUAUUUCCCUCACCGACACAGUCGGCAUUGAAAUAAGUCGGCCUUUCCCUCUGGUUCUUAGACUUAAUCUAUACCUUCUUGUCCAAAACUCGGUGCAGAAGUCGUUGGACCAAAUCCCACAAGCUAUGUUUUUUAUUUACAGUUACAGUAAUGGUCUUGAUAUUAUUACAGUGCCACUCAAGGUUUUUCCGCGGUGCUCCGUUUUGCGCGCUUGAGGGCUUUGCUAAUCCUACUACGCGGUAUAACAGGCAGCAGCGGUAUCUUCCGCCAGGUCUCGUCAUCUCUGUCUUGUCCACGUUCACCUGUCUUCCUCAUUUUUUUUUUUUUCAAUGAUUUUGGGGUUCUGGGCCUAUGUUUCAGUAACCGCGGUGCACUUAGACACUGAAUGCCAUGCAGAAUCACAGCACCAGAUGUAGGAUGAAGUCCUGGUCAUUUCUGAACCAGGAUGUAAACAAGGGGUGAUGGAAUGUGGGGGUGGUUAUUCUGUUUUAUUGUACAUGAACUGAUCGACAUGCCUUUUUCAUUUUCCAUACUAUUGAAUUUUAUACAAUACUCUGUUAGGCACUAAAACAUAGAGAAACGAUACAUACCCUUUGUCUGCUGGUAUGAUUAUGACUUGAUGGAGGGGCAGAUAAUGACAAUGAGGACGCUGUGCUUUAAGGCAUCUGCCAAAUCCCGGUGCUGCUGGUUAGAAAGGACUAGGAACCCGAAACGGGUCAAACUGAGAAGAGGAACAAUCUGCUAAGCUGCAGCAGGGAGAAUCUCGCACAUGCGCGUGCAAAAUCAGUUCCUUGUAUAUUAACAGAAUUUAAAACGUGUAAAAUAUGUAUAUGAAAAUGUAUAUCAAAUCCUUAUUGAUUUUAUAUAUCCCUAAUAAUAUAAACAAGUAGCUAUAUGUAACCUAGCUCUCCUGUCAUAUCAGUUGAUACGAUUUAAUAAUAAUAAAAAAGAUUCAAUAAAAUGUUAAUUGAUGACGCA